CGCUCUGCCAUUUUGCACGCGCCCGGUGUAAAGCAUGGCGGUGGAGAUGAGGCUCCCAGCGGUUCACAAACCCAUUUCACUGGCAGCAUCACAGUCUAACCGGGACGACAAACAUCUGGUGGUUCCUGGCGAUGUCAUCACAUCUGACACGGGCUUCAUGAGGGGUCAUGGCACAUACAUGGAUGAAGACAGACUCACGGCUUCAGUGGCUGGAGAGGUGGAGCGGGUCAACAAACUCAUCUGUGUGAGACCGCUGAAGACCAGGUACAACGGCGAGGUGGGCGACGUGGUCAUCGGCAGAAUCACAGAGGUGCAGCAGAAGCGAUGGAAGGUCGAGACUAAUUCACGUCUGGAUUCAGUGCUGCUGCUGUCCUCAGUCAAUCUGCCCGGAGGAGAGCUGAGAAGGCGAUCUGCGCAGGAUGAGCUGGCCAUGAGAGACUAUCUUCAGGAAGGAGAUCUCAUCAGUGCAGAGGUUCAGUCGAUCUUUUCAGAUGGCGCUCUCUCUCUGCACACACGCAGUUUAAAGUACGGCAAGCUGGGUCAGGGUGUGCUGGUGCUCGUGUCACCGUCCAUAGUGAAGAGACAGAAGACUCAUUUCCACAAUCUGCCGUGCGGCGCCUCCAUAAUACUGGGCAACAACGGCUAUGUGUGGCUGUAUCCCACACCGGGACACCAGGACGAGGAGGCCGGAGGAUAUUACACCAGCAUGGAGCCCGUGUCUUUGUCUGAUCGGGAGGUGAUUUCCAGGCUCAGGAACUGUUUGUUGGCUCUUGCGGCUCAUAAGGUUUUGCUGUACGACACAAGCGUGCUUUACUGCUACGAAGCAUCUCUUACGCACCAGAUUAAAGAUAUCCUGAAGCCAGAGAUCAUGGAGGAGAUCAUUCUGGAAACAAGGCAGCGCCUAGUUGAGCAUGAAGGAUAAACCGCUGACCGUCAUCUUAUGUUUCAUAUAAACCCUUAUAGUUUAAUAUGUUGGAAUAAACGAGUUUGUCA